AUGAAAACUUUGAUUCAAUUUGUUGAAUUCCAACCGUGCAUGUUCUUUGAUCAUGAUGAUGAAUUUGAUGACAAUGAGGAUGCUAAGGAUGAGGUUAUUAUUGGUCCAACUACAGUUGGAGGAAUUCAAGCUAGUGCUUUUAGAAUUGGUGACACUACUGUGGAACAAUUGAUAACAUUAUUCAAUGUAUACAGACCUCGAUCUGUUGGACUCUUCUAUGACCGAUCAACUCCCAUUUACACUCAACCUCGAGAUUUAUCUCCUUCUAAAAUGCUUGGUGUUGAUGUCACAGAUAGCGUUAUUGGUGAAAGUUGUGUAAUCAAGAACUGUAAAAUUCACCAUUCUGUGGUUGGACUUAGAUCAUGCAUAUCUGAGGUAGCAAUUAUAGAAGAUACAUUAUUGAUGGGAGCAGUUUACUAUGAGGUAAUCAUCCAUGUAGAUACCGAAUGA